AUGACUGCGAGCGAUUGUGGAAAAACGAUUGCAACGAAAGGAAGAGAAAAAAGCGAAAGCGGAGCAACACAGCCUCAUUCGGAUUGCUCGAGGCUUUCGGUAACGACCCAAAAACGCCUAAAGGACAUGAGAAUUGGGUCCUGGAAUGUAAGAUGUCAUACUUACAGGCCAGGAGGAUUGAUGAAACUGACAAAUGAACUGAAGAAAGCCAAAGUCGACAUUGCUGCUAUUCAAGAGAGCGGUUACAAUCAAAAUGAACAAACUUCCCGCUUCAAUGGCUAUACCACAUUUCAUAGCAGCAACAGUCGAGGCCAUGUACUUGGUACUGCCUUCAUGGUAGCCACAAAAAAGGAACAUCUGGUACUGGUCAACGAGCGCCUAUGCGUGUUACGUCUGAAAGGCCGUUUCAAAAACUACUCCGUGAUAAACGUACACGCACCUCAUAAUGAAUCGGUGGAGGGUGAUAAGGACGAUUAUUAUGAAGCGCUUGCAAGAGCCUACGAUGAAUUACCGGCACACGAUAUUAAAAUCUUUAUAGGAGAUUUCAACGUUAAAGUAGGCAAGGAGGAAGUGUACAGACCAACAAUAGGAAGGUACAGUCUGCAUGAAAAUACGAAUGAGAACGGUCAGCGUAUGAUUUUCUUCGCUGCCGAAAGGAACCUGGUUGUGAAAAGUACUUUCCAUAAACAUAAAAGCAGACACCUGGCUACCUGGAAGCAUCCCAAUGACAAUUUGCCAGCAAAUCAGAUUGACCAUCUACUGAUUAGCGGGCGGCACCUCACCGACGUCAUUGACGUCAAAUCAUGUUGGAAAGCAAAUGUCGACUCUGAUCAUUAUCUGGUUGUGUCAACGUUGAGAGCACAUCUAGCCCGAUUUCAUAAUGGACGUAGUGAAACUGUGAGGCGUUUUGCGGUGGAGAAACUAAAGGAUACACGGAUAGCGGAGACGUUUGCUGAUAACAUUAGCACAAAGCUUCAACAAUUACGACAAGCUCAUCCAGGCGACACUCCUCCUGAAUGGCUAUCGGUAGGUGAUGUGAUUAAGCAAGAAGCAAUCGACACCUUAGGAUAUCAGAGGCCUAAUGAUUUUAGGACCUGGUUUGACGCAGAAUGUGCUGAUGUUACAGAUCGUAAAAAUGCUGCACGAAUUGAGAAGGAAUCGGCGAGAACUAGAGAACGGAAAACGGAAGCGGAUCAGCGCUACAAAGAUCUGAGGAGGGAGGAAAAGCGCUUGCACCGGCUCAAGAAAAAGGAACUUGAAGAAAGGACGCUUCUUCAGUUGGAAAGAUUAUGUAGUGCAAACGAAUCACGGAAGUUCUACAAACGAAUAAACAACCAAAGAAGAGGCUUCAAUUCUCGAAUGACUAUCUGCAGAGCAGUUGACGACACUUUGCUUACAGCAAAACAUGAUGUCCUGGAACGAUUCAAGGAACAUUUCAGUGCUCUGUUAAACGGGGAUGUUGAAGACGGCAAUGCUACCGAUGAUUCUUUUCUCAACGACGACGGUCGUAUCGUGUCAGCACCAACAUUGGAGGAAGUCUCAGCAGCAAUCUCCUCACUCAAAAACAACAAAGCUUCAGGUCCGGAUAAUAUACCAGCGGAACUGCUGAAAAUGGGUGGUGAGGAAUUGGCUAAGGUACUUUAUGAAUUAGUCGAGCGAAUAUGGAACAACGAAUCGUUACCGGAUCAGUGGUUAGAGGGUGCCAUUUUACCUCUGCACAAGAAAGGUGACAGGAUGAUUUGCGAAAACUACCGUGGUAUUGCUUUGCUUAACACGGCGUAG